CCGCGCUGGCCGCCAUUUUCACGCUCUCGCUUCCAGCGAAGGGGCGGCUCGUGCGGGCCUAUGUGGGGCGGCCUGGGGAGGCUCUUCGUGGCGCGAGGCCCGGCCCGGCACCUCCUUCCGCGCGCUCUGCCCGCAGCUGAAGAAGCCUUCACCAAGCCCCACGUUACCAUGGCCACCCACGCCAAGGAUCAGGGGGAGAGAAUCAAGAAUGUCAAGGGGGACCUUUUCUCGUGCCCCCAGACGGACGCGCUGGCUCACUGCAUCAGCGAGGACUGCCGCAUGGGUGCGGGCAUAGCGGUGGUUUUUAAGAAGAAGUUUGGAGGUGUACAAGAGCUCUUAGAUCAACAGAAGAAAACUGGGGAGGUGGCAGUUCUCCAGAGAGAUGACCGAUACAUAUACUAUCUGAUUACAAAGGAGAAGGUUUCCCACAAACCAACCUACGAGACUAUGCGAAGGAGUUUAGAAGCCAUGAAAACRCACUGUCUCAACAAUGGAGUUACUGACAUUUCCAUGCCUAGGAUUGGAUGUGGACUUGACGGCCUGGACUGGAAUAAAGUUUCAGAAAUACUCGGGGAAGUGUUUGAAGACACAGAUAUUAAUAUCACAGUUUACACUCUGUGAUCAGAACACUGUAAAACCAGCCUUAUUUCCCCUGCUCUCAGCCAGGAGCGUCACCUUCUUGGCUGACCGGGGGRAACUGCAUGCUGAGCACAUUUUUCUUCCAAGCGUAGCUCACUGUUGUAUUGUCAGUGGCAGUAGCUUUAAAAAGACAAACAAACCUCAGAGCAGCUAGUUGGGGUUGUAGCACUUAGGGAUCCUCUGAUGAGGGCAGGGCGGUUUGUGAAGCCCUUGCGGAGUUUGCGACGUGGCCUCGCAAGCCACCAGAUGUCACUGGUCCUCCACGGAGCACCUGCGUGCGCGGAGCAGUCCCCGAGCAGAGGGAAGUUGCAGCUCUCUAGCRCUUCACUAUGUCUUGGUUUGCUGCUCUGGUUCAUAAUGACGAACCGUGGAGCCUCCGGGAGUAGACUUUAAAGGUUUGCAGUGUUCAUAUACAGAAUACAGGCUAUAUACUUGUUCUUUAAAGGGUUAAAACUUAUUUUUUUUAUCUUCUGGGCAUAAAUACUUCUUUUUAUGAGAUUUUCCUUCUAAGAACCAUGCUGUCACUAUUAAGGAAAUAGCUUUUCAGUACUCUGCUGUCAGAUCAGAGCACAAUCCUGUGGAAAAACCAAAAAAAAUACCAAUGUUUGUAUUUACUGUAGMAGUACUGUAGUGGAAAGUUGGGUUUUGAAGGAGAAAGCUCUAGAUCCAGGAAAAAUGCCUAGGAGGUGAAUUUAAUUAACGUACUCUACAGAGCCCCAUUUUCUGAGAGUCCUCACGUACRAAGUCCUGCUGUGCUGUAAAAUUCAUGGGUUUGUUUUCAUACUUAAUUUUUUACUGCGUUUGUAUUUAGCUGCUAUGUGUGGGUUGGUGUCUGAUCUUACCAAAUUGCAGAAGCAAAUCAGUAAGCAGCACGUUAAAUUGCUCAGACUGUUGGUAAACAUUUGGUUCCAGUAGUGCUGGACUGUCAUGUACCCUUACUGUCCCUUCUGCUUGAUCUGCCACCUCUGCAAUAACAAAUCUCCUGGCUUCCUUUAGGCAGCACAUCCAGAAAGAUGCUGGAUGCUUCCRGAUAUGUGGAAAACUGUAACAGAUGAUGCAUAACAGUUAGAGAAGUUGUUAGCAUAAAGUGUUUCUAAUAAUCAUUUUCGAUAACGUUAGAUGAAUGGUGUAUGGAGCCUUUUGUUUUUCUUUUGCCUGAGCAUUGUGGGUGAA